AAGGGGCUGGGCGGCCGGUGGAGUCUGCGUCGGCGAGGAGGGAUCUGGGGACGGCGAAAGCUGCGGAGGUGGGCUGGGCCGGUGGUGGCCGGAGGGCGGGCCGGCCAUCGAUCGCCUCUGCUGUGUGCCAGGCGCUGUACAAGCAACGCAGGCAUCGCCCAGCAUCCAUGGGGGAGAAGCCGAUUCUGUGCGUCGGCCUCGUGUGCCUGGAUAUCAUCAGCGUGGUGGAGAGCUACCCGGCGGAGGACACGGACACCAGGUGUCUGUCACAGCGCUGGCAACGAGGGGGGAAUGCCUCCAACACCUGCACGGUCUUGUCUCUGCUUGGGGCACCCUGUGCUUUUAUGGGCUCACUGGCUCCAGGCCAUGCUGCCAAAUUCAUCCUGUCUGAUUUCCAGCACCGUAACGUGAAUGUGGCUCAUGUGGUCUGGCAGAGCUGGGGGGAGACGCCAUGUGCCUGCUGCAUCGUCAACAAAACCAAUGGCUCUCGGACAGUCACUCUCUUUGACACCAACCUGCCUGAUGUUACAGAUGCUGAUUUUGAGCAGGUUAACCUGUCUCAAUACAAGUGGAUUCACUGGGAGGGCAGGAAUGCCUCUGAACAGGUGAAGAUGCUGCAACGGGUAGAAGAGUAUAACCACGCCUGCUCUGAAUCUCAGCAAGUGGGCACAUCUGUGGAGGUGGAGAAGCCACGGCAAGAACUGUACCAGCUCUUUGGCUAUGGAGACGUGGUGUUUGUCAGUAAGGACGUGGCUAAAGAUUUUGGUUUCUGCUCUGCUUCUGAAGCUGUGGAGGGGCUAUACGGGCGUGUGAAACCCGGGGCCACCUUGAUCUGCGCUUGGGCUGAGAAAGGGGCCGAUGCGAUGGGGCCAGAUGGUCAGCUGGUCCACUCAGACGCCUUCCCCCCUGACAGUGUUGUGGACACAUUGGGGGCUGGGGACACGUUCAACGCUGCUGUUAUCCUUUCCCUAAGUGGAGGGAAACCCCUUCACGAGGCCAUCACAUAUGGGUGCCGGGUAGCUGGCCGGAAGUGUGGGGUGCAUGGCUACGACGGGAUCGUAUGAGCUGCAUUCCGGAAGCCGUUUCUGCAGGGUCUGGGACCCUUUUCUGAGCCAAGGACCAAAAUCUCCCACCGCUGCACUGCAAACACACCACGGAUGCUGCUGCUGCCUCUAUGCAACUCUCAGCUGGUGGGAAAGGGAUAGGCCAAGCCUGACUUUCUGCCAGUGGUGGGAUUCAAAUAAUUUAACAACUGGUUUUUUACAAGCACCAUUUUAACAAUCGGUUCUGCUGAAGUGGUGCGAACCUGGUGAAUCCCACCACUGCUUGCUGCCCUACACGCCCCCGGCCAUCUGCUCUGGCUGGCCCUGGCACUCUUGUCCCCAGUGGGGAUUCUCCUCUAAGUCACCACUUCCCAACUGAAGAUCAAUAAAAGCACUCAAACGUA